AUGUCUUUUCGUGAAUUUAUUUUCCUUUGUGCUCUCUUAUACAUAAUUGUACCAGAAUGUUUUGCUGCACCAAUAGAAAUCCAAGAAGCAAUAGAAGGCCAAUCAUCGAAUCAAAUCAACAAAACGAAGACAUACACGAUUCUAAAGACCAUCGUACUGGGAUAUUUUACACACAUUAUGACUAUUCGACCAAGUCCGGACACUGAUCAGAAGAAUACUCUAUUUUGGCGUAUAGCUUUUUUUGUAUACCCCACUAUGGGUAUCGGAACUGCAACCACAGCUAUACUAUCAGCAUGCGAAUCUGACAAAAUCCUUGGAAUCGACAUUUUUCAAGAUUUCUUUGCUAAAAGGAAAGAAGAUGCUUUGAAGAAGCGAGGAAAAGGAGGAAUGUCGUGGAUUGCGGUUUUUCUAAGCGAUAUUUGGGAUUCCAUAAAAUGUGUCUUUCUUCAGUUGCUAGGCGCACUCUCCAUAAGAACUUACACCCCCAAUGAAAAAGAACCUGAUAAAGAUCCCGCCGAAUUUCAAAAAGAGGUCGAUAACCUGACAGAAGAAAUCAUAGAAUUUGAACAAGCCAAUGGCAGAACCCUCCCUAGAGAGCCUGACAAUGUUGCUUGUUUGGCCGCGGUGCUCUUGGUAUUAAAGCCGAGACAAGCUAGAAGAGUCAAGCACUGUAUUCUUAAUAGUAGUUUAUACCUUGGGUUUGAUUUGAAAGACGAGGAAAUCGAAACUGACAAAGACAAGCUAAUAUGUACUGAGGAUAUGACAAUCACUGGGUCGGGAUCGAUUCAUAAAUACCAAGCAGGUGUUAAGCCACACUCUGCUCGUUACCUGACUCCUACUAUGUUGAAGCAGCUUCAAUCAGCGCAUUAUUUGGACAACACUUCGUAUAUGGGAAUGUGUAUCACGUUUGGUCAGCUGGCUUAUACAAUUAUCGAAUGCGUUGAUGCUGAUGGCGAUAAAUGGGCCAAGGUUAUUAUGAUAAUAUACAUGAUCAUGUCUGUUCUCCAAACAACCUCCCUAUGGAUUUUACAUAAGCAAAUCGCAGCAUUUAGUAUCUACUAUGAUAAGCCUAUCAACUAUGAAGGGUCGGAAAACUACGACAAGCCAAUCAACUAUAGAGGGUCGGAAGACUAUGAUAAGCAAAAGGAUGAAGACGACAUUAUAAUUAAUCCCAUGGGCGAUAGCUCGAGUCUAUUUGAACAAAUAAUGCCAAGACUGAACGAUAUCUUAUACGAAAACAGCUUUCUUGAUAAAAUUGUUAAGCAAGAAGCACUCUAUCCCGAUAAUGGCUACAAAACAUUUACUGAGCACAAGUACUGGGCUUAUAUGCUUUCUGGCUUUGGAGGAUUAACGGUUUCACUACUGGUUGGUAUCUGGGCAGACUACAAAGCUCACAGUACAACACAAUGGAUCGUAUUGGCCUGGAUUCUUAGCCCGCUUUUAUUGAUUAUACUGACUAUUUUACAGAAAGUUACUAUCACGGAGAAAGGCAUUUUGUAUAGCUUAUCCGUUUACUUCAUUUAUUUAAUCGGAAUCGCUGGUGCAGCAUGUGUACUUGCUGCAACCGUUGAAGGAUAUAGCAUAAAAACAGAGUAG